AUGGAUCAAAGUAAAAAAGGUGAUCCAAACGAUUGGAUUGAAAUCCCUAAAUCCAAGUAUUCAAAAAAUUCAAACAAUUCAAGUACUUCUGAAAAUGAUAAAAAUUCAAAUCAAGCUGGUAUGGAAGGUUUUAAAUCAAACCCUUAUGUAUUAUUAACUAUUCCUGAUGAUAAUGAAAAUUCAGAUAAAGAAGAUAAAGAAGAAACUACAUCAAAUUCAACUUUAGGUCCAAAAUUCAAUGACGAGAUUGAAGUUAAUGUUUCGGAUAUAACUUCAUUGGGUAUUAAUAAAGACAUCAAGAAGAAGUUACCUACUAGUGGUUUAGUAAUGAAUGUUAAUUCAAAUGGUAAAUCAAAAUUAAAUGAAAAAGCAUUAGAAAGAAGUAUCAUUUCAAUUGAUCAAGAUAUACUUUCACCAAAUGAUAUCACUUCCAAAUCAUCAACAAAUUUAAUUGCAGCAAAAAUAGAUAAACCUAUUGGAUAUGAAAAUUCAUCAACAUCAUCAUCAUCAUCAACCAACUUUGGUAAUCAUCAGAAAAGAAAAUUUAAUGAAGAAACCCCCGCCAUCAACAAUAUUAAAAAACAAAAAAGACCACCAAAAAACAGAAUGCUUUUAAGAGAUCCAAUAGGAUCAUUUUUUGGAGUAAAUAAUAAUAACAAUUUUGAUUUAAAACCUGAUGAACAUCCACCUACUGAACAUCCACCUGCUGAACAUCCACCUGCUGAAGAUCCACCUGCUGAAUCUUAUAUUCAACCAACUAAUGCUUCUGAUGUUAUACCAUUGAUCAUUAAUUCAGAUACUACUAAAACAGAAGUAUUUGCUCAAGCAUCAGCUUUGAAAGAAUUAUCCAGACAGCAAGAAAUAUUAUAUAAAAGUGAAAUUUCAAAUGAAUUAAAUGAUAUUCAUCAUGUGACCAAAAAUUUAGUUAAUAAAAAAAAUACUUUUGAUUUAACAAAAAUGGUAAAAGGUUAUGAUUAUUGUUUUUUGUCUGAAUUAAAUCAUGAUAGUAACUUAUUAUUCAAAAGAUUAAAAUCUUAUAAUCAUGUGGUUGGAUCAUUAGCAAGUCGUUCUGGUAUAUUAAUAAAGGAAUCAAAAAAAUUAAAAGUAAUAGAAUCAUUAAAAAUCAAUAAACAACUUCCUGAAAUUUACAGAAUUAGAACAGCUGAUUGUCUUAUAGAAGUUGAAGGUAAACAAAUUCUUUUGAUAUCUAUUUAUGGGGUUCUGGGACAUCCUUAUGAAACUAAAGAUAUAAUAAAAUCAAUUUAUGAAAAAUCUAUUAUCACUUAUGACCAAUCUACUACUAUUCAUUUUUCAGGAGAUUUUAAUUUUUCGAUGCAUAUUCCUAAGGAAAAUGACUAUGAUAAAGAAUGUCGUGAAGAAUUUAGAAAAUUAAUAAAUUAUUACAAUGCUGUUGAUUCAUUAGGUCAUCAUGAUAAAUGUUAUGCAACUUUUAUCUCAUCCAGGUCAAUAAGAGCUAUUGAUUAUGAUUAUAAGUCAAAACAAUUGAAUAAUUGGUCAACUAAAAUUAGAUUAUUUCAUGAUAACUUCAGUGAUCAUUUGUCUCUUGAAGGGUCAUAUAACACAUCAUUAUCAACACAACCAUCAUUGAAGUUAUUAAAGGAAAGUGAUUUUAAAUUUAUUCAAAAUGAAUAUUCCAAACUUAAACCUGCUUUUUCAUAUGUUUUUGCUGUUGAUAAACUUCAGGAAAUUGUUUCCGAAGCUGCAACUGAAUUCGAAGAAGAUGGUGUAGAUGGUGAUAUCAUGAGAUUAAUAGAUAAUGGAGAAUUGCCAACGAUGGCUAUCGAAGACUAUUUACAACCUCGAAAUAUAGGACCUUGGUCAAACUCAGAAAAUGAGCUUUUGAUAAAAUUGAUUAAAGUUUUUGGUGGGAAUCUUUCAGCAGUUGCAAUGUUUUUUCCAGCUAGAAAGUAUUGGCAAAUAAAAGAUCACUAUUUCAACGUUGCUGAUAAGACUAUCAAAAAAGGUCUGUUAACACCAAGUGAAAAAGAAGAAAUUGUUAAUCUUAGAAAUCAAAAAAAAUCGUACUUGGAAAUUGGAAUUAUGAUAAAAAGAGGUCCGGAAUUGGUAGAAAGAUAUUUAAUGAGAGAAAAAGAAAAAGCCGAAGGAUAUAAAACAAAUGAUUAUAGCAUAGAAGAAACUGAUCAACUUUUGAAAUUGGUGAACGAUGGUAUGAAAUUAGGUCAAAUUUCAAAAAUUUUAAAAAGAAGCCGAAGAAAUUUAUAUUUGAAGCUCAGACGUUUGAAUUACUACACGGAGUUAAACAUCGAUGAAAAAAGUCAAAUAGAAGAAAUGUUAAGAUCUAACAUUAGUCAUGGAAUGAUUGCUGCUAAACUUCACAGAAAUAGAUUAUUCAUCAUGCAAUAUAUAAAUAGUAUUGAAAGAGAAAAAUUUGUUCAAUCUAUAAAUGAAAGGUUUUUUGAAGUUGAUCGAGAAGCUUUUAGUAGAGAAUAUCAAAAAGAAGAAUUAGAAAUCAUUUUUAAUAAACUGGAUGAUGAAGGUUUUCCUGCUAUUGCUCAGAAAUUAUUGAUUGCUGGUUAUUACAGAACAAUUGACUGUAUUAGAAAAAAACAUGCUUUACUAAUGGAACAAAAAAAGCAACAUGAACAAAAACUUGAAAGAGGUGAAAUUGACGAUGAAUUUGUGCUCAAAUUUAAAUCAAGAACUGAAGGAUGGUCUGGUGCAGAAGAACAAAAAUUGAACGACUUAGUUGCUAAAUAUGGUAGAAGAUUUCCUUUUUUUGCAGAAAAUUAUUUUCCAAAUAGAUCUGCUCAAUCCCUUCAACAUCACUAUAAUUAUGUUAAUCCCAGUAAAUACUUAGUUGAAUAUCAAGGAAAAUUUCAAAUUAUAAAUGAAAAAACAUAUCAAAAAGGGUUGCUGGACUCAAAACAAUUUACAUUUCAAGCUAGAAUUCCAAAAGAAAAAUCACCUGAAGUAAAAAAUGUUUAUGAUAAUGAUGAUUUAUAUGAAGAACAAGAAGAUUUUUUUGAAGAUGAUGAAAUUGAAGAUUCAGGAGAUGAUGAAGUUGACGGUGAAAAUUCUGAGUUACCUUUUGUUGUAAAAACUACCAAAGCCUAUACUAAGGAGGAAAAUCUUAGACUUUUGGCAAUAGGUGAUGUUUUUAAAAGAUGGUUUAUUAUUAGAUCGUGGGGGUUGUUUCCAGGUAGAAGCGCCCUUAAUUUAAGUGUUCAGUAUUGUAAACUAAAAAAAUAUGAUGAAAAAUCAUUAAACUCAUAUUUGAACGAGCCUGGUCAUAAUCAAAAUGAAUAUAAUUGGACAACUGAGCGUCAGAAUUUUCUCAUAGAUAAAAGAGAUGAAGGAUUAAAAUGGGAUGAUAUUGUCAAACUUAAUGAAUUUUCUGGCUCAAAUUCGAGAUAUUUGCAAAGUUAUUAUUAUCAACUAAAUGUUGUCCAAUAUUUGGUUGAAGAAAAUGAAUAUGGGAAUUUUUCCAUUAAAUCUAAAAGAUAUGUUGAAAUUAGUACCAAUCAAAAUAUGAUUCAACCAAUUGAAUUGCCGAAAAAGUAUGAAACCAGAGUAAUCGAACCCGAAGACUACAAUCCAUUAAUUGAUUCAUUCACAGUUGAAGACAAUGAUAGAUUAAAGAAAUUGUAUAAAGUGAUGAAAGAUUUUAGUAUUAUUCAGCAGGUAUUCAAUUAUCCAAUUAAAGAGUUAAAGUCACACUGGUCAAGAAUCAAUGAAAAACUAGAUCAGGUAGUUGAAUAUGAUAAUUCAACUUUUGAAUUUUGUUCUAAAUCAAGCUUACAUGAUAUUGAUAAAAGUGAAAAAGAUGCUAAAGCAAACAAAAUUCCCAUUUUAAAUUCUAUUUCGAAGACAUUCGAUUUAAGUGGUAAUAAUGUUGAAGCUACGGCAGAUCAGAAAAGUGAUUUCACAUGGGACCCUGAUAACGAAAGAAGACUAGUAAAUUUGGCAAAAGCAAUGGAUGUGGCUUUACCUAAAAGAAAUUGGUUUGCCAUAGCUCACAAAACUACGUUUUUUCCUGGUAAGUCAAAUAUGGAUCUCUUCAAUCAGCUUAAUUACAUUAAAAAAAGAAAAUAA